AUGCCAUCAAUACCUCUCCACCCUCGCGCGUCCAAUCCCUCCGCACGCGUCAACAAUCCCCUCCCCCAGCUUCUGCAAACCCCCUCCGGUCUCGCCCUUCUCGAACUCCAAGGCACUAUCAAUAUCCCCUCGCAAGAAAACAGCGAAAACAAUGAGUCGUCAGGUUCAUCACCCGCCGGUCCCGGCAAUCCCAAUGGUGCCCCCGUGUUCGAAACCCCCAUCGGCAAACUCAUGUUCCCCGAUUACUCCCCGCAGUUUACAGCACCAGACGAUACAAAGUGGAUGAAGAGGGUCUAUCUAUAUGUUGGACGGUAUCAGCGAAUGACCGGAGAGGUCAAAAAGCUACCACAGCCACUUGCAAUUGUGCAGCGGAGACAGAAGGAAUUGGGUGCGGCGGCUGACGACAAAGAAGAGUUGGAGAUUGUCGAGAUCGUGAAGUACAAGAUCUACUUUAAGAGUAGACCGGAGCCUGUCAAUGAUAUCUGA